CGACUCCACCCUUUAUAAACCUAAUCCUCCGAUCCACGCAACUCCAAACACAUUGUCCAAAGAUCAAUACACACUGUUUUAAGAGAAUUAGAAAAGAAAAAAGAAGAUGAACGCCGGAAAGCAAGCUUCGUGGGCGGUGGCGACGGCGAUUGCAGCCGUGGAAGUACUAAAGGACCAAGGCGUUGCUCGAUGGAACUACCCUCUCCGCUUACUCCACAAAGAAGCCAUGGCUCGCGUCCCUACCAUCACAGUCCCAUCUCGUCACUCUCCUCCUACGUCUUCAGAUUCGGCUGAUUUCAUCAGAUCCAAACCCCUGACGACUACACCCUUUGAGAAAUCCUUUGAGAAAGCUAUGGGUCUUAGCUGCUUUGGUCCCACCACCGUUAGAUUCUAGAUCUCUAUGUACUCUGUUGAACGCAAAUCAGAAUGUGCACUAGGUCCACCAAAUGUUGUACUUGGAACCAUUAUUCUAACAUUUAUUUAGCUUAAACAUUUUUUCCAAUUUUGAAAUAAAUUUGGUUUUAUAUA